AUGCUUGCCAACCUGCUAUCUGUGGCCGGUGUUGACCAUGUCGUCACCGUGGACCUACAUGCCUCUCAAAUGCAAGGUUUCUUCGGCAAGCCCGUUGAUAACCUCUUUGCUGAACCUCUUAUCGCGCGGUGGAUUCGAAUGAACGUCUCUCGAUGGAAUGAGGCGGUGGUCGUCACCAAGAACGCCGGAGGGAGCAAGCGGGUUACGUCUUUGGCUGAUGCGCUGAAACUCAACUUUGGCAUCGUCACUACUGAUAGAAGACGGCAGAGACAAGCAAAAGCCGGUACUAUGACCGAUAGUGCCAUCUUUUUCGAUUCUGUUGAACAAGGCUUCACGACUAGCCAUGAUGGUGAGCAAAAGUUUGACCGUAUACCAAGUACAACAAUCCGUCGCUCAGUUGUCUCCGCCACAACUGAAAGCGGUAUCCUCACACCUCGUAACAGCACUUCCGACUCCUCUGCUAACCCAGCACAAGAGUCGGAAUCAUAUAGAACGCCACAUCCGGAUAGCAUGCUCGCUCCGUCUACUCUCGCUGACGGAUUUUCCUCUGAAUAUACCGAUGAGCGAGCUCGAGAAGUUAUCACCGGCCGCUUGGUCCAGGGGCACCUUGUGGACGAUGAUUACCCAUCUCCAGAGACUGCGUCUACCUCUGCAUCCGCUUCCAACCACGGGGCGGACGCAUAUGAGGGAUCGAUCCCAGACCCGAUGAGCAUGUCUGCCGUGUCAAAUGUCUCAGGCUACCAACCCGGACAUGCUCUAGGGGGCUCGUUCGAUGCAGCCGCAUCCUCUGACGAGGAAGAUGUCUGUCCACAGAGAUCCGGCCAGGAACGAAUGAUCACCCUUGUUGGCGACGUGAAGGAUAAAACUGUCUUCAUUGUCGACGACAUGAUUGACCGGGCCUCUAGCUGGAUUGCGGCUGCAGAGACAGUCGUUAAAAAAGGCGGCGCAAAAAAGGUGUACUGCAUCGCUACUCAUGGUAUCUUUGGAGACGAUUCCAUGGAACAAAUGGAGAAUUGCCCCAGUAUCGACUAUGUCGUCGUAACCAACUCAUUCCCUCUCCCCAUCGAGAAAGUGAGACUCAUGAAGAAACUGGUCGUCCUCGACCUUUCAGCUCUGCUGUCUGAGAGUAUCAGAAGACAUCACAAUGGAGAAAGGUUUGCCUCUUUUGGUUGA